CCCCUGCGGGCCGCCGUCGCCACUCCGGGAUUCCGCCGCCGGUUCGGCCGAGCGGCGUCGGCUCCCGCGGCUCUGGGCGGCGCCGCGGUCGGACCCAGGGCGCCCGCUGGCCCGUGGCGGCGGCGGCGGCGACGACGAUGGUCCCCUGAGCGGGCCGGCGCCUGGUAGCGGCGGGCGGGCGGACGCCGCGGCCCUGCCCGCGUCGGGGCCCAGCCUGGUCGCGCCUCUUUGUCUCCGGGCGGAAGUGGGACGCGCGGCGGGGACGCGGCGGCCGCACCAUGAGCGACAUCCGCCACUCGCUGCUGCGGCGCGACGCGCUGAGCGCCGCCAAGGAGGUGCUGUACCACCUGGACAUCUACUUCAGCAGCCAGCUGCAGAGCGCGCCGCUGCCCAUCGUGGACAAGGGCCCCGUGGAGCUGCUGGAGGAGUUCGUGUUCCAGGUGCCCAAGGAGCGCGGCGCGCAGCCCAAGAGACUGAAUUCGCUCCAGGAGCUCCAGCUUCUUGAAAUCAUGUGCAGUUAUUUCCAGGAGCAAAGCAAGGACUCUGUGCGGCAGAUCAUUUUCUCGUCCCUUUUCAGCCCUCAAGGGAACAAAGCUGACGACAGCCGGAUGAGCUUGUUGGGAAAGCUGGUGUCCAUGGCCGUGGCUGUGUGUCGGAUCCCCGUGUUGGAAUGUGCGGCCUCCUGGCUCCAGCGGACGCCUGUGGUCUACUGCGUGAGGCUGGCCAGGGCCCUUGUGGACGACUACUGCUGUUUGGUGCCAGGCUCUGUCCAGACGCUAAAGCAGAUCUUCAGUGCCAGUCCCCGCUUCUGCUGCCAAUUCAUCACAUCCGUGACCGCGCUCUACGACCUGUCAUCAGAUGACCUCAUCCCACCUUUGGACUUGCUUGAAAUGAUUGUCGGCUGGAUUUUCGAGGACCCGAGGUUGAUUCUCAUCACGUUUUUAAAUACUCCCCUCGCCGCCAACCUGCCCAUAGGAUUUUUAGAGCUCACGCCCCUCAUUGGGCUGAUCCGCUGGUGCGUGAAGGCCCCUCUGGCUUACAAAAGGAGGAAGCCUUGCCUGUCCAACGGCCACAUUGGUCACAAGGUUGCCAAGGACUCGGGCACGGGCACGGACAGAGACUCCCACCUGCUGUACUCGAAGCUGCACCUGAGCGUCCUGCAGGUCCUGAUGACGCUGCAGCUGCACCUGACGGAGAAGAACCUGUACGGGCGCCUGGGCCUCAUCCUCUUCGACCACAUGGUCCCCCUUGUAGAGGACAUCAACAGACUGGCUGAUGAACUGAACCCCCUCAAUGCCUCCCAGGAGAUCGAGCUUGCCUUGGACCGCUUGGCCCAGGCCUUGCAGGUGGCCAUGGCCUCGGGGGCCCUGCUGUGCACGAGAGAUGACCUGAGAACUUUGUGCUCCCGGCUCCCCCAUAACAACCUGCUCCAGCUGGUGAUCUCGGGCCCAGUGCAGCAGCCGCCACACACCACCCUACCCCCUGGGUUCUACCCGCACAUCCACACUCCCCCGCUCGCCUACGGGGCUGUGCCAGCCCACCCAGCUGCCCACCCGGCCCUGCCUACACACCCAGGGCACACCUUCAUCUCAGGCGUGACCUUUCCAUUCAGGCCCAUCCGCUAGGCUGGCCCUUCCGAGCCGCCAAGCGGCUGUGUGCCUUGCACCUGGGCCAAGGAAGCCUUCAGAAAGAGGGGUGCUGGCCCCGUGGUGAGGAUCCCCGGAGGCAGCCCUCCAGCCGGCAGAACUGUCUUGGUACUGAUGUCCCAAGGUGCUGUUGCCCGGGUGCCUCCUGCCUGGUCAUGUUAAAUAAAUAUCCAGAUUGGAUGGAUGAAAGGGAGUGCGCUCGGCCCCUGCGGCAGCGCCCGGUGUUCUUGAACACGCCGGUCCCAGAGUGACAGUCGCUCGCGCACACGGGCUCCGCCCGCCACCAGGGAACCUGGCGGGCAGGCCGGCCCGCGGGUCCAUUUGCCCUGCCUCAGGAGUGUGCUGAGUCUCUGCCACCAGCACGGUUUGUGCAGCUCCAUGAGCUCAGAGUGCGGAGGGCGAGACCCGCGCUUGUCCGCAGCACUGGGCACUGCUCAGGGACACCCGUCGGGAUUCCCCGUCACUUGGAAAGGACCUUCUGUGUUUUCUUGAGGGAUAUCUCUAAAUUUUCCUUUCAUGUGUUCAAAAUAAAUUUUUUCUAAACCGUU